AUGCAGCACCCACGUUCUUUGGUGCUGCUGGGCGCCGCUUCUUCCCUCGCCGCCGUUGCUGCUGGCAGCUUGCCGCGCGGUGUUGGGCCCGAGUUUGCCUCCCACUACCAAGGCAAGACCGAGUUCAGCUGCAUCUCGGAUGCAUCCAUCAAGCUGAGCUUCGACCGGGUGAAUGACAACACCUGUGACUGCCCAGAUGGCUCCGACGAACCUGGCACCGCUGCGUGUGCGUACAUCGACCCUCUCUCCCCCGAGCAGCCACUUCCAGGCUCCGGAUCAGCCUUGGCAAAAGCUCAGCCUGCGCUUCCCGGGUUUUGGUGCCAGAACAAGGGCCACAUUGGUUCCUACGUGCCAUUCGUCUAUGUCAACGACGGCAUGUGCGACUACGACCUCUGCUGCGAUGGCUCCGAGGAAUUCGGCCAUGUCGGGGGUGUCAAGUGCGAGAACCGCUGUGUCGAAAUCGGCAAGGAAUACAAGCGGCUUGCGGACGAGAAGAGGCAAAAGAUGCAGAGGGCGGCCAAUCAGAAGAACGCUAUGCUGAGCGAGGCGCAGCAGCUUCGCCAGAAAGCUGAAGCCAAAAUCGCCCAAUUGAACACGGAAAUCAAGAGUCUCGAAGUGAAGAAGGCCGACUUGCAGAAGAAGUACGCCGCCGCCCAACUCCAGGAUAGGGGCCGAGUGGUGAAGAGCGAGGGGGCUGGAGGCAAGCUUGGUGUCCUGAUUGGCGUGGCCAAACCCCGGGUCAAUGAGCUGCGCAACACGCUCAACAAGGUGAUGGAGCAGCGCAAUGAUCUUCGCUCUCGAGUGGAGGAGCUGGAGACGAUUCUCGGCAAGUUCAAGGACGAAUACAACCCCAACUUCAAUGAUGAGGGUGUCAAGUCUGCCGUCAAGUCUUGGGAGGACUACGCUGCCAGGGAAGCCGACAUUGUUCAUGAACAGGUCAUCGACGCUGAUGUGGAGGAGAUUCUCAAAGAGGAUAGCGAGAGCAGCGGCAUCAACUGGGCUGAGUUUGAGAGCGGCGAGGAGGGCUCCGACACUGAUAUCUUGUAUACUUUCGAUGCCUAUCUGCCUGGCUUCCUCCGUGUAUUCAUGCACGACAAAGUGACUGCUGUGAGGCUCUGGCUCAUUCAGAAUGGCAUCCUGGCCGACAGUGGUGCCUCUGGGUCGGAAUCACAGGUGGUCAAGGCUGCUCGUGAGGCGGCUGAAGCAGCGGAGAAAGAUCUCGAAGACAAGGUUCGCGAUCGCGACAACGAGACGGAGGACCUCAAGAAGGACUACGGGCCUUUUGACAUCUUCCGCGGCAUCAAGGGCAAGUGUGUCAGCAUCGAUGCCGGCGAAUACGAAUAUGAACUCUGCUAUCUCGACAAGACGAUGCAGAAAUCCAAGAAGGGUCACGGGCAUACCAACAUGGGCAAUUUCGUCCGCAUCGACCGCCAGCUGGCUGACGACGAGGAGAGACUUGACGGGAAGAGUCUGGGCAAGGGCGAGCGCAUGGUUCUCAAGUACGAGGACGGACAGCAGUGCUGGAACGGUCCCCGACGAAGCACUGAAGUUUGGCUUGGAUGUGCAGACAAGGAAGAGCUCUGGCGAGUCAGCGAAGCGGAAAAGUGCGUGUACAAGAUGGAGGUUGGCACCCCGGCUGCUUGCGACGACCCGGCGCUACGAGAGGAGAAGAAGGACGAGCUGUAG